AAGUUCCCCACCACCGUCACGCCCUCGCUCGCCAUCGCUUUCAACGACGCCGAGCACGUCGCCCAUGCGCCAUGGACAUACCAGUGCCCCGUCCGCCGCCAUCCAACCGACGGCUAGUCGGCCAGCCCCUCCUCUACUCUAUCUCCGUCUUCGCCUCUCUCGGCGUAUUCUUGUUCGGAUAUGAUCAAGGUGUCAUGUCCGGGAUCAUCACUGGUCCCCACUUUCGAACUUUCUUCAAUGCUCCCGGUCCCGUACAGCGGGGGACUAUGGUCGCAGUCCUCGAGAUUGGUGCUUUCAUCACCUCUCUAGCCGCCGGUCGCAUCGGCGAUUCGAUAGGACGAAGAGGAACACUCUUCAGUGGAGCCGUCGUCUUCGCACUGGGCGGCGCUCUUCAGACGUUCACCAACGGUUUCAACAUGAUGUGUGCAGGCCGUAUCGUCAGUGGCUUUGGUGUCGGUUUGCUCUCAACGAUCGUGCCUAUAUACCAGAGUGAAAUCUCGCCGCCCAAUCAUCGAGGUGCACUGGCAUGCAUGGAAUUUACGGGCAACAUCUUCGGUUAUGCCUCCUCCGUGUGGAUUGACUACUUUUGCUCAUUCAUGGACUCCGACCUCGCCUGGCGCGUACCUCUCUUUAUCCAAUGCAUCAUUGGAGCCAUUCUCGCCGCCGGUUCGCUAGUCAUGCCGGAGAGCCCUCGGUGGCUUAUUGACGUUGACCGUGACGCUGAGGGAAUGCAAGUUCUCGCGGACCUUCACGGGGGAGACCCAGAAGAUCUUAUUGCAAAAGCCGAGUAUCAGGAAAUCAAGGACAGAGUCCUACUUGAGCGUGAAUCUGGCGAAGCACGGUCGUAUACCGUUAUGUGGCAAAAGUAUAAGCGUCGAAUAUUACUGGCUAUGUCUUCUCAAGCUUUCGCACAACUGAACGGCAUUAACGUCAUUUCCUAUUAUGCACCGAGUGUAUUCGAAGAGGCCGGUUGGUUAGGACGUCAGGCUAUCCUGAUGGCCGGUAUCAACGCCAUCAUAUAUCUUCUGAGUACAAUUCCUACGUGGUACCUCGUUGACCGGUGGGGUCGUCGUCCAAUUCUUCUGUCCGGCGCUGUCGUGAUGGGCACCGCGCUGUGUGCCACCGGUUGGUGGAUGUAUAUCGACAUCCCGCAGACGCCGAACGCCGUCGUGGUCUGUGUCAUCAUCUACAACGCGUUCUUCGGAUACAGUUGGGGUCCCCUGCCCUGGUUGUACCCUCCCGAGAUCCUUCCCCUCACCGUGCGUGCAAAGGGGGUCAGCAUUUCGACUGCCACAAAUUGGGCGUUCAAUUUUUUGGUGGGAGAGGCGACGCCGUACCUGCAGGAGGUCAUCGAGUGGAGGCUCUACCCGAUGCACGGAUUUUUCUGCGCCUGCAGUUUCGUCUUGGUAUACUUCCUGUAUCCCGAAACCAUGGGAGUACCGCUCGAAGAGAUGGACGCUGUAUUUGGCGAAGACGCACGCGAGGAGGAAAUCGACAACCUCGAGUCCGAGCGAGCUUCCCUCGUCUCCGGCGCCAUCCCUACCAAUAGCCACCUCGCGAUCAACAACACCUCGUCCGGCAGGGACAGCUCGCCGUCGCAGAGAGGGUGGGUGAGCCGGCUUCUGCGCAAGGGCGACGGACGGGCGCCGUACCAGCCGAUCGCGGAUGGAGAAGAAUAGGAACUUGCGAGGUUGGAUGGCGGGAAAGACGGAGACGGAGAUGACGAGGGAGACGAGGGAGGAGGCGAACAGAGGCCCGGUAAAAGGCACCGUUACUCUUCUUCUUCGACUGCGUCGUCGGAUGAGCGAUAAUUAUUAAUUUGUGGGCGGGAAAGGAAAGGAACUCAUUAUUGCCACUAGCGAGAGAGAGAGAGUUGGAUGAAUUGAGUUGGCUUUUGGCCCCCCUGGAGUUGUCGUCGUUCGUGUCGCAGGUUCUCUCGUACUACGUCUCUGUCUCAUUUCCUCGCGUUCACACCUCGCAAUGUAGCCUGUACUUGUUCACUGUUCUGAUACGUCGCACGCAGCAUCUCUAGUAGUCGACAACCUUCAUCAUCUUAGCCUUCCUUGCUUUUUCAUGCUAAUUCCUUUUCGCCAACCCACACCACUGUCGUUGCUCGCCAUUUUCGUCUUCCAGUGUUUGUUAUACCCUGUCUGCUCUUAUAGCUCACUCUUUCCGUAAUGCCCUCUUCUUUCGUUUUCUUUCUCGAAUGCCCAUUUCUCGGCCUCAUCCAUCGAAUCAUCGAAUCAUCCGUUUUAUUUAUCUUUCUCUCUCUCUCAACUUGCCCCCUUGCCCCCUUGCCCACACGGCGUUGCCCAGACAUUUGUGCAUCUGAGUAGCUAGCGGUACUGUACCAUACCAAUGUUUUUUUCCUCCCUCCAACCAACUGCAACAAUCAUAACGAAAUGUUACAAAACAUGGUCCGCCUGCCUGCUUCCUUUUGUUUGAUUGAUGAUUCCCCGGAAAGAAUUUGGUCACAACCCCAGCCCCAGCUGCGACACGUCCGCGCUCAAUUCCCUCCCGAGCACCAUCUCCGCCAAAACAAGACCCGUCCCAAGACUCAACGAAAUCCCCCAAGGCCCAUGUCCCGCACAAACGAACACCUUCCCUCCACCCUCCCCAUCCACAUCCUCGUCUAAGGCCAACCCCGUCUCUUUCGCCCCAAGCGCACAUAACACCGGAACACCCCUCGGCGUAACCGGUCUAUGACAAAAUCCCUUCUGAAUCACCUCGAAGUCAAAGUUCGUUGCCUUCCCUUCCUCACCUUCCUCAUCGAGCAAUUUUUGAGCGGCCUGGAGGAGGAGCGCGAGUUCGGAGUCGAUGGGAUGGACGUCGGUGGCGAGAGGGGGGAUGGGGACGGAGGAGGUGUUGAGGCCGGCGAGGUAGAGGUCGUAGCCGUGUCCGUGGGGUGAGGAACGGCUGAAGAUUUCGGGGGAGAAGUUGAGGGAGGGAUAGGUCGUGAACACGGCGUGGACGCCUUCUUCUGCUGCUGCUGUUGCUGUUUGCGCUGAGGGGGGAGAGGUCCAGUGCGGAGAGCGGAGGACGAGGGAGUGUCCGGAUAGGGGCGUUAUGGGGAUCGAGGUGGAUGAAGUUGGGAAGAGAGUGCGGAAGAGGGAGGGAGUCCAGACGCCGGCGGUGAGGAGGAGGUGGGUAAAGGGGAGGGUGGUGGUGAGGCCGGUGGUGGAGGAGAGGAUGGUGAGGCCGGUGAGGGUGGUGGGGCUGGGCGAGGUGACGAGGGCGGUGGGUGUGGCGGGGUGGUGGAUUUGGAUGUUGCGGGUUGUGCAUUGUUUGAGGAGGAAUUGACAGAGUUGGAGCGGGUCUAGCUGAGCGGUCGACGUCCCGUCCGAGAUCUUCUCGACCUUAGCUUCAACCAACCCCCGUCCAACAGCCAACCACUUCGGCACCCCAGCCCCCUUCGCCGGUACCGCAUCCCCACUCGCCGUCAACGCCCUCGUCGUCCCCUGGUGCAACCAAUCCUCGCCCCUCUCCCCCGUCGAGGACGCAUGCACAUCCGCUAUGCUCAACCCCGUACUGGGACUAUAUGCCCACUGAUUCGCGCCGUCGUGCGCUGCGGCGAGGGACUUGUGGAGGUCGAAGGAGAGGGCACCGAGGGAGGAGAGGGCGGGCGAGAACCAGUCGCGCGCGAGGAAACCGGCUGCUUUGCCGGAGGCGGAGGCGAAGAGGGUGGGCGAGGUGUCGACGAGGUGGAUGGUGGUGUUGGGCGAGAGCUCGGAGAGGUAGUAGGCGGUUGAGAGGCCUAUGAUCCCUGCGCCGAGAAUGACGACCGAGUUGGUUUCUGAGGAGGACAUGUUUGUGUGCUGCUAAUAGAGAAGAGGAUGGGGGUACUGCAGUACCCCCCGGCCAUCAUACUUUAAACCAUUAUACUAGAGUUCAUGACUCGGACGAAGGACUGCCCUGGAUGAGGCAAGAUCGAUCCUAGAGCACACAAGUGACGGCUUGGAAGUACGUCCUGGAACGCCGUGAGUUCGCC